UUGGGAUCUAAAAGGAUUCCUCUUUCUUUCAUGACAACUAUUUUCAUCAUUAGGUUAUCAAAACCCUAGCUAAAAACUGGUUCGGAACACCAAUCGACCAUGGCAGCUUUUAUUAAUACUUCUUCUUAUUCUUCUUCAUCGUUGCAGAUCCACAGCGAGAAAUCUCUUAACCAUUAAAUCUCCCGGAAAAAACCCUAAAUUUUUCCCUCUCUCUACAACUACAAAUUCAUAAAAUGGACAAAUACUUUUGAACCUUGUGUUCAGGUGACCGUAAAGGGUCAUAAAUCAUUGAUAUUUGUUUAUGUUUGGAAACUAUACAAUCUAUUGAGACAAAGAGUGAUUGUUUUGACAUUGAUUAUCAUUUAGGCAAUGUAUAAAUCAGUUGUAUAUGAAGGGGGUAGACUUCUGGGAGAAGUUGAAGUGUAUCCUCAGACUCAUCUUCAGAAUGCAAUUGUUGGACAGCAAUUUCGAAUUUCUCACUUCUCUCAACCAAGCGAAAGAUGCCCACCGCUUGCAGUGCUCCACACUAUUGCAUUUUCUGGAGUUUCCCUCAAAAUGGAAUGCAACGCUCAGUCGCCAGACUCGCUACUGUAUCUUUUGCACUCCUCAUGCUUCAAAGAGAACAAGACUGCAGUAGUAUCACUUGGACGGGAGGAGCUUCACUUGGUUGCUAUGCCUUCUAGGAGAAGUGGUGGGAAAUGCCCGUGUUUCUGGGGUUUCAUCACUUCAACAGGGCAUUAUAAUUCUUGCCUUGACUUGCUCAAUAUUAGGUGUCUUGGCAUUGUAUUUGAUCUUGAUGAAACUCUCGUUGUUGCAAAUACAUCGCGUUCAUUUGAAGAUAGAAUUGAAGCCCUGCAGCGCAAGAUUAAUACUGAAACAGAUCCACAGAGAAUUAUUGGCAUGGUGGCUGAGGUUAAACGUUAUCAGGAGGACAGGAUUAUAUUGAAGCAAUAUGCUGACAAUGAUCAUGUGGUUGAAGAUGGGAAGGUGAUAAAAUCAACGGCUGAGGCUGUUCCUGCUUUAUCCGACAGCCAUCAGCCUAUUACUCGUCCACUCAUAAGAUUGCACGACAAAAACAUUAUUCUGACUCGCAUCAACCCUCAGAUUCGUGAUACAAGUGUUCUUGUGAGACUUAGACCUGCAUGGGAGGAUCUACGAAGCUACUUGACUGCAGGAGGCCGGAAACGUUUUGAGGUUUAUGUUUGCACAAUGGCUGAACGAGAUUAUGCUCUAGAAAUGUGGAGGCUUCUUGAUCCUGAGUUGAAAUUAAUAAACUCAAAAGAGCUACUGGAUCGAAUUGUAUGCGUCAAAUCAGGCUUAAGGAAGUCCCUGUUCAAUGUGUUCCAAGAUGGAAGUUGUCAUCCUAAGAUGGCCUUGGUGAUUGAUGAUCGUCUCAAAGUAUGGGAUGAGAAAGAUCAACCUCGUGUGCAUGUCGUGCCAGCAUUUGCUCCAUAUUAUGCACCACAAGCUGAGGGAAACAAUGCAGUUCCCAUCCUUUGUGUUGCGCGGAAUGUUGCCUGCAAUAUCCGAGGUGGUUUUUUCAGGGAAUUUGAUGAAAGCCUCUUACCACAAAUAUCUGAUGUAAUGUACGAGGAUGAUUACAAAGAUAUGCCAUCCCCACCGGACGUGAGCAACUAUCUAUUUUCUGAGGAUGAUUCUUUAGCCUUAAACACAACUAAGGACCAUAAUAGUGCUGACGGCAUGGUUGAUUCUGAGGUUGAGAGAAGACUGAAGGAGGCAACAACAUCCUCAGCAUUGCCUAUCAUGACUAGUAAUCUAGAUCCUAGACUUACUCCUCUCCAGUAUGCUUUCACGUCCUCUUCUGUUUCAGUUCCACCAGCAUUGCCAGGGACAUUUAUGCCCUUCCAAAACAAGCCGUUACAACAGGUAACUACAGUGAUACAACCAUUGAGUCAAACUGCUCCUCCAAAAGCAUCCCUCCGACAAUGUUCUCCUGCUAGAGAAGAAGGGGAGGUUCCAGAAUCCGAGUUAGAUCCUGAUACAAGGAGGCGGCUUCUUAUUCUGCAACAUGGGCAAGACAUUAGAGACCAGUCAUCUUCUGAUCCUCAGUUUCUAGGAAAGCCACCUGUACCCAUUUCUCCUCCACAGGUGCAACCACGUGGAGGUUGGUUUGGUGUGGAGGAAGAAAUGAGCCCAAGACCAAUGAACAGAAUGGGACCUCAAAAGGAGUUCCCUCUAAAUCCUGAAGCAGUCCAUUGGCCUCCUCCACCUCCACCACCUCCACCUCCUUUUCUUCAGAAGGAUAGGUCAGUUCCUUCCGAUAGAGUCCUUGAUAAUAGAACAUACCCAAACGAGAUUGUGAAAAGAGAAGAUCGUUUUAGAGCAAACCAUGUAUAUUCUGGCUAUAAUUCCUUUCCAGGUGAGGAGGUUUCACUGGGCCGGUCAUCAUUUGACACUGAACCUGCACAAGUUGGUAUGACUGAGAAAACUUCUGCCCAAACAUUGCAGGAUAUUGCAGACAAGUGCGGUACUAAGGUUGAGUUUAGGUCAGCUUUGGCUUCAACUGUGGACUUGCAGUUUGCCUUUGAGGUCUUGUUUGCUGGCGAGAAAAUUGGCGAAGGAAUUGGUAGGACUAGAAGAGAAGCCCUACGUAACGCAUCGGAAGAGUCACUCAUGAAUUUGUCAGAUAGAUAUCUGUCACGUUCUAAAUCGGAUUGCAGCUCUUUACAUGCGGAUGGAAGUAGAUUUUCUGGUUCGAGUGACAUGAACACUUAUAGGCAUCAGACUUUGCCUGCAGAAAAUCUACCAGCAUUUUCGAGCUCAACAGACCCUAGGCUGGAUAGUUCCAAAAGAUCAAUGGGCUCUGUGACUGUUCUCAAAGAAUUUGUAUCAGAGAAAGCUUUUGGAAAUUUAAAAUCUACAUUUGGAAAAUUUCCUCAUAAACGCCAAGGUUCUCCAGGGUCAUUUCAAGGAAAGCAAAGAAAAAGAUUCAAGCAAGAUUAUACUCCACAAUUUAUGCAGAGAAUAGGGCCUUCUUCGAGAUUCCCAAAGAACACAUAUGUCCCUUAAGGAUUCAGUUUUGUCCUGCCCCUUUUCCCCAAGAAGUAUGUCAACUCCAGAAAGAGAGUGGUCCAGUUCUCCAGCUAACGGUUUUCCUUUAACAUGGUUAUAACCACACGAACCUGCUGGAUUUAUUUUGGGGAAAUUGAAGCUUGUCCAGAUGACCAUUUUUUCUCAAAUGGUGGGCAUUUCAAGUUUCAGCACCAUUGCUUGAUGUCAUCAAUGAUUGGUGUAUCAUAAGGAUCUGAUGUAUAUUUUUGCCUUUUUUUAGUUUUGUUAUCUUUUUUUUUUGUUUCUAGAGUCUGGUCCGGUUGUUUUUUACAUAUUUGCCUCAUCAUAUGCAAUGGAUUUGCUCAAACUGGUCUUAUGUAAAAGGGGUUCCUUGUUCUCAA